AUCAGCGUUUCUUACCAGCGACCACUAGGGUUUUCCAAGCUUGAGAAGCAGGAGCCUUAUUCCCUCGUCGGAGCGUUAUUCACUCGUCGGAGCCAUGUCGAAGAGGAAGACAAGGGAGCCCAAGGAAGAAAAUGUGACCCUUGGGCCAGCCAGGCGGGAUGGGGAGCACGUGUUUGGAGUGGCACACAUUUUUGCAUCAUUUAAUGACACAUUUAUUCAUGUGACUGAUUUGUCUGGAAGAGAAACCUUGGUUCGAAUUACUGGUGGUAUGAAGGUAAAGGCUGACAGGGACGAAUCUUCACCAUAUGCAGCCAUGCUUGCAGCACAAGAUGUUGCACAGCGAUGCAAGGAACUUGGCAUUGAUGCUCUUCAUAUUAAGCUUCGGGCUACAGGAGGGAAUAAGACUAAGACACCUGGCCCAGGUGCCCAGUCUGCACUCAGAGCUCUUGCUCGUUCAGGCAUGAAAAUUGGUCGCAUAGAGGAUGUGACUCCAAUUCCCACCGACAGUACUCGUAGAAAAGGUGGCAGAAGGGGAAGAAGGCUGUGAUUUGUGUCUUUGUUUUCAAGCAUAUUUGCAGCUUUGGCUGAUAUAUUUAGUAAUGAUGCAAGUUUGGUUCUUGUCUCCUGAGUUGUUUGAACAGUUCAUGUUGAACCGAAUAUGAAUUUACUGAAAUUUGAUCAUUUGGAGGACAGUGAUUUUGCUGGACUUACAGCUAAUUAUUUUGACCUGCCUUCUGUAUCUGCUCUGAUGGGUUUUUUUGGCCAGUUUGUUAAAGAUCCAUUAGCAUUAUUGAUUGUUAUGCUAUUUGUUUUUUGUUGAUAUUCUUUGAAGUCUUCAAGGUUGGACGCUUGAGACAUUGGAAAAAGUGGGA